AUGUGGCUGAUCUUCAACUCUUUUCCCAAGCCGAUCAUCGCGGCCAUUACGGGCAACGCACCGGCGGCGGGAUGCAUCAUCGCGAUGGGUUGCGACUACCGCGUCAUGGCUCGCGGACCGAAGGACAACACGAACAACAACCGUCUGUACCGCAUCGGGCUUAACGAGACGAAGCUAGGACUUGUCGCCCCGCCAUGGACGAUGCCAGCUUACGCCUACCUUCUGGGCUCACGCCAGGCGGAGCGGAUGCUGCAGCUGGGUGAGACACCCUUGGCUGAUGAUGCCCACAAGCUCGGGUUGAUUGACGAGGUGGCCUCCGAUGAGGAGCAGACGAUCGAAGCCGCCUACAAGCAGGCGGAACGCUUCCUCAGCGUGCCGCAGCAAUCUCGGUGGAUGGCGCGUGAUAUGAUGCGCCGUGAGUACCUGCAGAUGCUCGCCUCUGACGAGGAGCGCAACUACGACACAGAGUUUUUCACUCAAUUUGUGAUGAACCCUGAGGUGCAACACAACCUGGAGCGCUACCUGGAGCGCCUCAAGAGCCGCUCUCGUAAGUAA